UGUUUCAAGUCGGACGUUUUUUAUUUAACGGGCCGCAAACAUGGCUUCUCCUUGAAGUGGCGAUGGACAGUUACAUGAUAAAAUAGUUUUAACAGGAAAAGACUGAAGUUGUUUUUAGUUUAGUUUUUUUUAAAUGGGGUUUAUUAAGCACGUCGUGUGCGCCAUGUCCGGCGGCGUUGACAGCUCUGUCGCGGCGUUGUUAUUAAAGAAAAGAGGCUACAGUGUAACGGGUGUUUUCAUGAAGAAUUGGGACUCCCUGGAUGAGAGAGGGGUGUGUACCACAGAAAAAGACUGUGAGGACGCCUUUAGAGUGUGUCAGACCCUGGACAUCCCCUUCCAUCAAGUGUCAUAUGUCAAGGAGUACUGGCAUGAAGUUUUUAGUAAACUAUUGAAGGAAUACGAGAAGGGGAGGACGCCCAACCCAGAUAUAUUAUGCAACAAGCACAUCAAAUUCAACCAUUUCCACAAGUAUGCUGUCAACACACUGGGUGCUGAUGCCAUGGCAACAGGCCACUAUGCCAGGACGUCACAGGAAGACGAAGAGGUUUUCCAACAGAAACCCACAGUGCCGCCGAUCACUCUUUUUAGAGAUCGGUUUGAGAUUAGAAAUCCGGUGAGGUUGUACAAAGGAGCAGAUCUCCUCAAAGAUCAAACCUUCUUCCUCAGUCAAAUCUCCCAGGAUGCCUUGCGACAAACCAUGUUCCCACUAGCUGGACUCACCAAAGAGUUUGUUAAGAAGAUUGCUGCUGAGGCAGGGUUUCACCAUGUGCUGAAGAAAAAAGAGAGCAUGGGCAUCUGUUUCAUUGGAGAGAGAAACUUCGAAAACUUUAUUUUGGAGUAUCUGGAACCUAAACCAGGGAACUUUGUCUCCAUUGAGGAUGGGGCUGUCAUGGGAACACACAAAGGCUGGUUCACUCUGACGCUGGGCCAGAGGGCGAGAAUUGGAGGGCAGAGAGACCCUUGGUUUGUGGUGGACAAAGACAUUGCUACUGGAGAUGUGUUUGUGGCUCCAACUACCAAUCACCCGGCUCUUUUCCGUGAGACGGUGCGAACGGAGCGUUUCCAUUGGGUAACCGUUGACCCGCCUCCUGAACUAGUCAAGACCCAUAUGAUGGAGUGUCAUUUCCGCUUCAUCCACCAGAUGCCGCUCACUCCCUGUACAGUGACUCUGAACAUGAACGGCUCUGUGUGGAUCUCACUCUCCCAGCCAGUCAGGGCUCUGACACCUGGACAGUUUGCUGUGCUCUACAAAGGAGACGAGUGUCUGGGUAGUGGGAAGAUCGUACAACUGGGGCCCAGUGAAUACACACUCCAGCAGGGCAGAGAACGCUUGGCAGCAGGCGCGCAGCCCGGGGAGCAGCAGACGCCUGAACCAGCCAGCUGAGAUGAGCUCACAGACGGGCGUGGUGGAAAUGAGCUCUUUCCGGUACAUUAGGUAGAGCACACUGUUCAUGGAAAUAACACUGUUUCUCUACACCGGGCUCUAUGGCAAAGUGCCUGCACCGGAGGCCAUAUUAGAGACUGUAAACCUGGGGGUUGUUUUUAAAUGCAUAACUUCAGUGUAUUGAUAAAACAAGGACAAAAUGGUUACUCUCUGCA